AUGCGAUCUAAUACAAGCUGUAAAAAUACGGUAUAUAAUAUUUUAUAUGGAACAGAACCUUACACAAAAUCUUUAGAAUAUGGAAGAAAUAUGGAGGCAAACGCUCGUCAAAAAUUUGAAAAAAUUACUACUAAAAAAGUGAUUGAAUGUGGCUUAGUUAUUGAUCCUGAAAUUCCAUUCCUAGCAGCAAGUCAAGAUAGGUUGAUUGGAAAAGACGCUUUGAUUGAAAUCAAGUGUCCAUAUUCAGCCCAGAAUACAGAAAAUGCAAUCGAUGCCAUAAAUAAUAAACAGUUGAAAUACUGCAAAGUUGUAGACAACAAAUAUAUACAAAAAAAAUGGAUUAAUAUCGAAAAAAUCGAAUAUGAUAAUAACUUUUGGAUGGAUAAAAUGGAGAAACAAUUGAAAAUGUUUUAUUUGGAAUGUUUGUUGCCGGAAAUAAUCAAUUCUCAAUUUCCGAAACGUAUGUUAAAAUCAGAUAUACUAGAACCAGACCGAAUAUUGGAGAAAAUUAAAAUAAAAAAAAAAUAA